CCGACGAAUCGACGAUUCCCUGGGAUGUUGGCAAGUUUCUUCCGCCGAGGCAGGCAAUGAAAUGACAUGAAGAUGGCAGCAGCUCUCAGAGUCUUAGAGCUAGCUCCCAAGCCCCAGGCGCUUUUCAUUGAAGCAUUGUUACAAUGUGCCUAUCUAUGUCAUCCGGGUCGGAUCUCCCAUCACGUGGCCGCAUCAAAGAGGCCCGAGCUCUGCCCCUGCCCCUCCAUAUGUUUUGCGGACCUUGUCGGUCUCCCAAAUGGCGGGGUGCUUCAGCCACCCGUGGCUGGCCUAGCGCUUCGUCAUACCCAUCUGGUCUGUUGGUUGUGUAUCUGGGACGAAACCCGCAAGACAUUGACAUGACCGAAUGAUCGUGCAUCUGUCACCUUUAGGUUGCCACUCUGCGCCCUCCGGAACUCGAGAAACAUGCGAUCGUCAGCCUAAACGGUGGACGUCACCAA